CUGCCAUCAGGCGGCGGGAGGGCGGGUGUGCGCGAGCGGCAGCGGCGGCGGCUUCAGUUAUAGCAACUGUUGCCUUGUGAAUAAAGCGCCGUAGUCCUGGCGACUGUUACCCACCAACAACUGCUCACAACAACAGCAACCGAGGUUUCUGCCAAUUUCAGUGCCAGAGCCUAGAGGUAAAGAGCAGAAGUCACAACAGUACAUAUUGUAGUUGAAGCUAUCACCUUAAGCAGAGGACCUUAAUGGAAGGAAGAUUUGUCUUGGAUGUAUAACAGAGCCCAAUAUGCAGACCUCUGAGGCUGGUUCAGAUACCACAUCAACAGUGACUUUACAGACCUCAGUGGCAGGACAGCAGGCAGUGCAGGCCCAAGUUGUACAACAAGUACCUGUUCAGCAGCAGGUCAGAAAUCUGUUGCAGCAAGUCAAUGUUUUUUUAAAAGAAAAAGAGCAUGUACAACAGGUGCAGCAUGUUUACCCAACCCAGGUGCAGUAUGUGGAAGGGAGUGAUGCUGUUUACACCAAUGGAACUAUACGCUCAACUACCUAUCCUUACUCAGAGGCCCAAAUGUAUAGCCAGAACACGGGAGGAACAUAUUUUGACUCCCAAGGAAAUUCUGCCCAGGUGACAACAGUGGUCUCGUCCCACAACAUGGUGGGCACUGGCGGUAUUCCAAUGGGCGUUACAGGCGGUCAGAUAAUCAGCAGCUCAGGGGGUGCCUAUCUUAUAGGCGGCUCAAUGGAUGGAGCUAAUCACCCAGUCAGCCACACAACACGUGCUUCUCCAGCAACCAUUGAAAUGGCGAUUGAGACACUCCAAAAGUCUGAUGGUUUGACAGCUCACAGAAGUACUCUUCUCAACAGCCAUGCAGGGAUGCUACCACUGAACCAAGCUGAUACAUUGAAGAAAGUGGAAGUGGACACUUGGAAGAAAGCUGUUUUGCUUCAGUGGUUAUUGGACAACUAUGAGACAGCAGAAGGUGUCAGCCUUCCUAGAAGUACUCUUUACAACCACUAUCUGCGUCACUGUCAGGAACAGAAGCUUGAUCCAGUCAAUGCAGCUUCUUUUGGAAAACUCAUUCGUUCCAUUUUCAUGGGUCUGCGCACUAGGCGUUUAGGCACAAGGGGAAACUCUAAAUAUCACUAUUAUGGCAUCCGAAUUAAACCAGACUCCCCACUAAAUCGCUUACAGGAGGACAUGCAGUAUAUGGCUAUGAGACAACAACCAAUGCAUCAAAAACAGAGAUAUAAACCUAUGCAGAAGUUGGAUGGAAUGGGAGAUGGCUUCGCAGGAAGUGGCCAACAGAUUCCUAAUUCUGCAGAGCAAACCAUCGUAGCACAGAGUCAACACCAUCAGCAGUUUCUUGAUGCCUCUCGCGCUCUUCCUGAAUUUGUAGAGCUUGAGGUUGCAGACAUUCCAUUAUUGGAUGGCAUCACCCUUGAGGAUAUCAGAACAUUACAGAUUCUUUAUAGAGAGCACUGUGAGGCGAUACUGGAUGUUGUGGUGAAUCUUCAGUUUAGCCUAAUUGAAAAGCUAUGGCAAACAUUCUGGCACUAUAGUUCAUCAACUUCAACUGAAGGGACAACUAUCAGUCAAACCAGUGAGAAUGAGAUAGAAGGUAGACUUCCGAAGGCAAAGCUCACUGCUCUGUGUAAGAAUGACUCCGUCCUCAAGUGGAUGUGUACCUGCGAUCAUAUAAUGUACCAGGCUUUGGUGGAAAUCCUUAUUCCAGACGUCCUUAGACCUAUUCCUAGUGCCUUGACCCAAGCCGUUCGGAAUUUUGCAAAAAGCCUCGAAGGAUGGCUGACAAAUGCCAUGAACAAUAUUCCGCAGCAAAUGGUUCGCACCAAGGUUGGAGCUGUAAGUGCCUUUGCUCAGACACUGCGUAGAUAUACGUCCCUUAAUCAUUUAGCUCAAGCUGCUCGAGCUGUGCUGCAAAACACAUCUCAAAUUAACCAGAUGCUCAGUGACCUCAAUCGUGUAGACUUCGCCAAUGUCCAGGAGCAGGCUUCCUGGGUAUGUCAGUGUGAUGACAGCACGGUACAAAGACUGGAACAUGACUUCAAGAUGACCCUUCAGCAGCAAAGUACCCUGGAGCAGUGGGCCGCUUGGCUUGAUAAUGUGGUAACACAGGUGUUGAAGCCAUAUGAAGGAAGUCCUAAUUUUCCCAAAGCUGCCCGUCAGUUCCUGCUUAAGUGGUCCUUUUACAGUUCCAUGGUUAUCCGAGACCUGACCCUACGGAGUGCAGCAAGUUUUGGUUCCUUUCAUCUGAUUCGUCUGCUGUAUGAUGAGUAUAUGUUUUAUCUGGUGGAACACAGGGUGGCUCAAGCUACCGGGGAAACACCCAUAGCAGUAAUGGGAGAGUUUACUGAUCUCAGUGGUAUGUCCCCAGUAAACAUGGAUAAAGAUGAAGGAAGUGAAGUUGACAGUGAAAUGGAUGAUGAAUUGGAAGAUUCUGGAGAACCACCGUUCAAGAGAGAAAAAAUAGACCUGAACCAGACACUACAGGGUGUCUGUGUCGCACCAUCUCUCAACAGCAGCAUGCAACAAGACCCUCUGAUCCCUCUACACGCUGAACAAAUCAUUACAAGUGUGGCUAGUGCCAGGCAUUGCAGCACCGCUGGAAGCACAUACACGGCAGUCUAAACAAUAAUUUGACCAUUCAUUGAUUAUCCUUCUCUUCUGUACUUCAAGCUUGAAGUCUGACUGUGUUGUGGCUUCAGCCAUUGAGAUGACAGAUACUGCUAUGCUGAAUGUUACUCUCAUACACUAACUAGGUGUAUAUAGGUUUUGUUUUUGGAUUAUGUUUGGUCCCAUAUUGAUCAUAUCGACUCAAGGGACUCAGUAGACAUUACAAUUGUAAUUGAUGAAUUUCUAUCAGUAUAAGUUGUUUUGUUUAGUUCAGUUUUUGAUUGAAAAUAUAUUCUUAUACAUACUACAGGAUAUGCUCACUUGACAGCAGAAGUACCUAAAGGUCAGGGCUAGAAUCCAACAAUAUCCUGUUAUCUCACUGCUAAUUUUAUCUUUCUUUUGGUUUGAAUCUGUUUCAAAAGGAUCCAGGAGUGAUAGUUCUGCUGUGUUGUUUGAAUGCACUUGAAUAAGUUGCAAUAUGAUAAAGCUGUACUAAUCACUACUUAUACAUUAGGUGGUUGCAUCAUUCAUGCGUUAUGUGUAUUUUUAAAACAACUUAAGCCAAACAUUGUAAUGAAUGAGUAAUGGUUACUUUUUGGAUUGGAGACAUAACAUGGUAAUCAUCAACAGCAUUCUUGACCAAAGUGUUUGCUUAAGUAACAAUUCUGUGCCUCGCCACCAUUAAUGCCUCAGAUUUCUAGUAAUUUUGGUGUUACCUCAAAGGUUAGUGUAACUACAUUCUAUUAAUUUAUGACCAGAGUACCUAAAAUCCUCAAUGUUUCUGCCCAUGUUAUUCCAGGAAAUAUUUCUUUGUUGCAAGCAAUUUUCCACAAAAUUGUAAGUUCCCUUUCAGAAGUUACAUGUAGAAAAUCACCUUUCUGCCUUUCAUCACAAUUGUUGAUCUGAGCAAGUAACUGGGUUGUUGGACUGGAUUCUAACCAUGAAGCAGUUUAUUUCAGCAUAUUGAUGUGCUCUAAGCUUUGACCACAAAUAUUUGACUGUUAUAUGUAGAGGAAUCUAAUUUUCUUUUUCUUUCAAAUUAAUGGACGAGACUUCUGCUGUUGAAGAUUUUGGAAUGUAGAUUUAUGGUUGAAGUUGAAAGCUUGAGAGAGGAGGCAGUGUUCAUUGUUACUAGCCUCCUAAAACUGUACUGUAUUUAAAAUUUGUCAAAAAUCAAAAUCUAUUCAAUUCUUUAAACAACUUCCUACCUUCGCAGAAAGUUCAAUGGAGUUCCCUUUGAAUCAUCGAAGUUUUGAAUGCUACUGAUUUGCAAAGUAGUGCAGCCAUAUUUAAAAACUAGAUUAGUUUAAUAAACAUUUUUGGGACAAAGUGUUAAUGAUAAAGGCUGCAGUAUGUCAUAAAAUAUGUUGCAUUUGUUCCAGUUAAGACUAUACUUUCUAGGUGAGGUCUUACUAGACCAACGAAAAGUAUACUGUUUCAUUUGAAGUCCACUGUACCUGUGAAUAAUGUUAGGACAGACAGAAAUCAAUCAUUGUGAAUUGAUUUUUCUGUUCCAUCUGUUUUGCUGUAGUGUCUUUAGCUGCUAUGAUAAGACUUUACAAGGGGUUGACCAAUACUACCUGUUGCCAGUACUUCAAUACUUUUUCAUUGGUUAAGUGAAGUAACUAUGGCUGUUUGUUUUCCAUUCAGUAAGACAACAACAUUAAAAAAUUGGAUUGAAAUUUUAAACAUAGGAAAUUUUAAGAUGGAUAAGCAUAGAAAUUUUAUUUCGUGAAAAUUCUGAAUAUGUUUUAAAUAUAUAUAUAUUCAAAUUUGUUUAAAUCCAGCAUGAUCGCUAUUUAAGUAAUGUGACAUCCUAGCUGUUUUCAGCAGCUGUAUUAGCCAACUCCUCAGUGUAACUACAGAACACAAGAAUGUAGCACUCAGCAUAGUCUUGGCAGCUUUACAUUGAGUUUUCUAUGUGGUCUAUGUGGUUGUCAAAGAUGACGAGACCAAAAGUACUGUAGCUGGCACACCUCACACAUACUCAUCAAUUCUGUAGGAACAGACUUGGUAGGCAAUUAAAUGCCACUUCAGGAAUGUACGUCAGGGAUUACUGUACCUCGGCUAUUACACAGUGCCUUAAACAGUUAUGGAAAGAGUUAAUUUUUGUAGUUCAGCAAGGUGUGCCUGCUGUUUUUCUACUACCCACAGGGGAAACUAUGGAAUGGAAGCUCGAGUGGUGAUUCUUAGUUAGAAACUUAUGUCUUUUUCUUAUACUAAGAAUGAGUAUAUUUGUCUUAUGAAGCCAUCAGGAAUGAGUAAGUAUAUGCAUUAAUCAAGAUGUGAGACACAUUUCAGUUGCAUUAUCCAGGAAGCAUAGUGUCUAAGGAUUGUAGAAACCUGGAAAUUACUAAUUAAUGCAAAAUACUUGACUCAUUUUUAGCAUAUUCUAUAGAAAAACAAAUUCUAAACAUCUAUUGACAAAGGCAUUGCGCACAUUUUUUCUCGUAAUUGCUUAGAAUUUAACAACACUCAGUAUAUUCUCUACAUAUUGUGACUAUAGAUCCUGAAGAAAUGAAAGUGCAGUUUGCUAAUGGUCAUUUCUUUAGUUAAACACAUUAUAAACCAUCCUAUAUGAUACUUACAAAUGUUUUCACAAAUUUGUCUCAAUUUCUAAAAAUAUAGAAUUUCCUUUUGGGGGAGGAUGGAGAUCAUUGGUGAUUAUACUUUACUGUGCAUUUGGAGAAACCUGCUGUAUGAUCAGUUAUUUUUUAAAAGUUUAAAACAAAAGGAAAUCCUGCUUCCUGGAAUGCACAAUGAUUUCUGUUCAUUUUCAGAUGAGGUACUUCCCAGUGCUGUGAGAAAGUAAGACAUAUAUAUGCCAUUAAGUAAAAUGGCAAAUAAUUGAGUGUACAUUUUGAAAAGGGUUUCUUUGAAACCAGUAAUGUUUACAAACUUUGUUGAGGUACAAUUAAAAAUUCUGAACACUCCAACCACCUCCCAGCUCCCUCUUUGCCUUCCUAAACUACAAAAAGUACAAAAACAUUGGUCAUUUUGAAAUAGUCUUCUCAAACAAAUUAAAUUAGGUUUAUACAAACAUACUCAUUCUUCUCUAUAUCAUUGAUUUUGGUGCUGAUCAGCAUCAAAGGUCAUGAGGCAGCUUCACCUGUCCCUUGGGGAGGAUUGUCCUUGAUCCUGUUUUCUGUGCUUUAACACCAAACAUCAAAGGUUUGUUUUUCAAUAUAUUUAAAGUCUUAAUGAUAUUCAACACAAUUUGGGGUGUUUGUUUCACAAAGAUUCUGCCCCUUCAAUCUUCAAAACUGAAACAAACCUUAUUUUACUUAUUUCUGUCUUAUGUUAACAUUUACAUACUGUUCUGGACCAAAAUGUGUUUGUGUGAUGUAUCUGGUGUGUUUGUAAUGGUUGAGAAAAGCCUUCUACGUGUUUCUUUUCUUUGUACUUUUUUUUAAGUGUUUAGUUUAUUGUGCUGCAGAUAUGUUUGGAUCGUAAUGUGCAAUUUAGAGUUGUUAAGGGGCUGGUGGGGGAAUAGGGUUGUUCUUUACACCCCGUGUUAACAACGAACUGUAGUUCUGUGGAACAGAACACACAUUGCUCUGUUUAAUCAAUAGACUCCUUGAACAUUGGUAGAAAUGGGCAUUUUACCUGGUAUAAAACUGGAAUUGAAACAUGACCUUUAUAUUGAGCUUCAGUACUGAUGGAUAAUGGUCCGGUGAAUUGUUCUCAUGCGUGAAGGUAUGCAAUGAAAGCUCUGUGUUUUGGCAGUAGAAGUGCUUCUCAGUCUGCAUGCCUUUCUAUAUGCUGCUAGAUUGUGGUUUUUGUUUUGGUGCCAGCUGGGUAACCGCAUUUUAAUUUUUCGCACUUUUUUCCUGCUUACACCAUCACAUUUCAAACAGCCACUUAGUUUGAAUUAUUUCAGCCUUUAUUAAAAAUAUAUACAUAAACAAAGUACAAAUCCAUUUACGCCUUAUUGUAGAGUUUACUAGUGUGCUUAAACAACUUUUUUUUUGCCAAAUCAUAUGAUGUGGAAUACAGAAGCUCUGAAUGGUGAUAAUAUUUUGACUUGCUUACACAGUUAUGGUAUUGCUAGUUAUCAAUUUGUUUAAAUUUCAAAAUUUAAAGGAGUAUCCAGUGAUUAUGAUUCAGAAUGUUAUUGUUAAAGUUCAACUAAUUUGGGAAUAAUUACAAUUUAUUUUUAAAAAUCUGUCAUUAAUAACUUCAUUCUUCCAGUUCUUGGAUAAUUUUGCUGUAUGUCAGAUUGGGACGUCUGGUCAGCGCGGUUGGGUUGGAAUGAAAGGUCUAUUCCCACGCUGUAUGACUCUGACUCCUUUCUGUGUCAAAUGCACAUACCUGCUGACCAUGAACUCACCAAUGUCAUGAAUUCAAGCCUUUUCUGAUGGUGUUGUUCUAGCCAUUAAAAGGUGUGUAAAAAUGGCAUUCUAGCCAUCAGAUUCAUGAUAGAGAAAUUUUACUGUGCAGAGAAUAGGAUUAAUAGAAGAAGACAAUAUAUUUCUCACUGUUCUGUGACCCAGCAGAGAGUUCAACGUUAUGGAGAGCCAAGCAGAAAAGGAGAGUUCAGGUUACCAUCUGAGAGGCUGCUGCAAAGGACAUACUCCUAUUUCAAAUCAUUGUGUAGCAUGGCAUUAGUACCUGCUCCAUUCCUGUUUUUGAGAUGCUUAAAAUAAGUUUCAAUGAUCAGAAAUACCCUGGGAAGUUUUAAUCAAAGAAUCAGAGGCCACAUGUUAUGUCAUGAAAUGUUUUUCCAGUUAGCCUUUAGAUUUAAGAAAAAUGUUACUUUGCUGUUUACAAAAUAAAAUGCCAAGUCUUCUUAUCUUUCAUUGAACAAAUACAGUUUCUGAAUUUUGCUCGAAAGCAUGAUUCUUGAAAACUGAAUAUUUAAUUCAUGAAAUUUAAUUCUUUCAUAGCUUAGUUUGUCUCUUGAAAUAUGCUACCAUGGUAAUUGCAUUCCUAGGAGGGUUCAUGGAAUCAAUCAACUUAUUCCUUUGAAUCCACUACUAGUAAUUGCACUCAGAUUUGGAAGCAGUUCAAACAUUUAGGGGACUUUUCAUUAUAUUUUCCAGUCAUUGAGUAUCUAUCGGGAGCAUUAAGAACAUAUGCAAUAUAUUUGUUUCAGGUUUGGAUAUUAAAAUAGACAGUGGUUCCAGCAUGGUUUUGUUUUUGUAAUUUAGGUUGUUUUUAACAACCCACACAGGAAAGAUUUUGACAGUAUUUUUAUUCAUGGGCAAAGCAUGAAAUUGUAAGAAUGAACACUUCUAUAAUGGCAAAAAUAUUUUUUCAGAACAUUUUUCAGAAUGCAGUUACGAUAAUACCUGAUUGUGGUUUUUGCUUUGGUGCCAGCUAGAUAGCCGAUAGUUUAGUUUAAAAAAUAGUUAAAACAAAUAAGAAAUUCUAUUCAAUGUAUUUCAGAAUUGUGCAUGAGUAUAUUCCUUUUCCUUGUUUAUGUUCCCUUCUAAUGAUUUCAUUUCUUCUGGCAGCUCCUUGAGCCAAGAGAGAGCACACGAAAUCUGUUUCAAUGGCUCUCUGUCCAAGCUGUCUUAUCACUGUUAGAAUGUGAGAGAGACUGGCUCACGUUCGCAGCCUUUCAUAAAGAAAAUUACCUCUGAGUGCAGCAUUCAUCUGUUGUAUCUCGUCUUUCCAUGUCGCCACCAUAAUACCUGGUUGCCCCUCAAAUAAGUCCAGACCAUUUGCCUCCACUACCCUGCCUGAAUAGACAAUUCCAAAUAUUAAAUUACUUUUUGCCUAAAGAAGCACACAUUAACUUCAGUGCUGAACUUUUCUAUUACCAGAUUGUGUAUGCCUCUUUGACCCACAAUUGAAUUGGAACUUAAUAAUACGUUGAAUCUUAUUUUUUUUUCUCAGUUAUCAUCUUUAUGGUAAUAAGGUGCCCACUCAUACACACUGUUUGACUUCAAAGAGCCAAAAAUAUCAUUGUAACAUUUAACUCUGUCAAGUGGCAUAACAGACAAUGUGAAAUUGGCUUGUCCAUUUUCAACUUGAUUUUCCCUGACAAUAACUCUAAUUUGGAAAGAGAAAUGGUCUUUCAGCAUCUUUAGCUAGCUAUACUCUAACUCAGGGCCCAGUCUGACAUACUUCUCCUAAUUUAGUUCUUUGUUUUUUUAUUCAGUAGUUGUUUGGGUUGGACGGUGGAGGGCAGUGUAAUGGUAUCAGAAUAUAAGAGUUCAGUAGUAGGUGGGGGCAUUCUGGGAGCUUAGGGAUUCAAAGACCUUGUUGAUGUUGAUGAAGGCAGAAACCCAGCCAGAUUCACUGCCUAUCCAUUUGACAGCAGUAAUGGAGAGGCAGUAGCCUAGAAUCGAUGGGAGCAAUCUUUGGGACUCCGAUCUGAAAGCAAAGAGUAGUAAUUCCAUCUUGAUCAGGAGGAAGCUGGGACUUGGGAGGGCCAAGGAAUUCUUGUCAGCCUGAAUGGAGCACUACUGUUCUAGCCUGCAAGGAAUUUAGAAUCAUAGAAUCCCUCCAGUGCAGAAAGAGGCCAUUCGGCCUAUUGGGUCCACACCAACCCUCCAAAGAACAUCCUAUCCAGACUGUCUCACCCCCACCCUAUCACUGUAACCUUGCAUUUCCCAUGGCUGAUACACGUAUCUUGCACAUCCCUAGACACUAUAGGGCAAUGUAGUAUGAUACCCUGGACGUCUUUGGACUGUGGGGGAAAACAGAGCACCCAGAGGAAACCCACAUAGACACGGGGAGAACAUGCAAAUUCCACACAGUCACCCGAGGGUGGAAUGAAACCCGGAUUCCUGCCGCUUUGAAGCAGCAAUGCUAACCAUCAUUUAAACAGAAGGUGAAAAUUUCUAAACUUAUUUUGACCUCAUGGACAUGAACUCCUUCUGCUGUUGUAUUGUUAUUAAACUCAAAGACAUAACACUUCACUGGCUUGAUUAAUUCUUCACAGUGCUGGUAGCAUAAUUGCACUGUAGUUUUGGAAAGUCUUUGAACCUCACUGAUGGCGGGAACUGCUGUCAUAGUAAUUACAGCUCUGGUAAAUGCAGUGGCUGGAGUUAGUUCAGCUCCUCCCAUGCCCAAUUCUUAUUGUUGGAGGGAGUAAUAACAUCCCAUAUUUUAUCCCAGUUACAUGAUUUGUCAAGAUUGGAUGCCUUUUUACUUCUUUAUCCCAGUUGCUUCCUCCAUGAAGUGUAUUUAAAACUAGAAUGUUAUAGCAAACACAUCAUUCUCACCUCAGCACAAGUUAGAAUUCCUCGCUUAGAAAAAACAAGACUCCAAAACAAAGAAUGUAAUGUAAAGCCCCAGUAUACCAAAUAUAUAAAUUAUUAUUUAAUAAUUGGCCUUGAGGAGACAAGUGAGUGCCUUUUAAAAACACUGGUUAAUCUUGUGCCUGAAUUGUAGAUAUGCACCCAGGCUGCAGAACAACACUGAUUCACUGCUUCCUUGAACUCCACAUCAUUACAUUUUGUUCUUAAAAUUGAGUAAUUCAAAAAUCAUGCAUUUAACUCCAUUGUCCCAAGUCUCUCAAAAAUAAAGAUACCUGUACUGUGCCUGAAUUGCCCCUUGUUACAGUGUUUUAAGUUUUAUAAUAUUAAGGACUGAAUAUAGAACUUCACUUUACAAGACAACAUUCUACUCCAACAACAAGAAUUGAAUAAAUGGACUGAAGUGAACACUCUCCCCUCAUGGCUGUAUCACGAUAUCAUGUUGUGACAGGAAGUAUUCUGUGCAAAAUGCCUGUUGGCAGAUUCCUUCAUGUUGACAAUUCAUGAACACAACUGAAUGCAAAUGACAGACUCCUGUAACUACAACCUUUAACACUGAGUCACUAGUCGGCAAUUCAGUCAGCAACAUUUGCCCCCCUUUAAAUAGUUUUUCAGUGCCAUUUUAGAAUUCACUAAGUGGCAAAUUGGAGUAUUAAGAUGCACAAGCACAUAAAGGCCCAAAAUAUUGGGGAUUUUUUAAAUUGGUCUAAUGAUAUCUCAAUUGUGUGAAUUAAUAAUGUAAGAGUUAAGAUUUUCAGAUUUUUUGUAGAGAACGUAUUGUGAAAUUAUGAAUUUUUCGUUUUUUUUUGAAUGACAGCUGCAUAUAGUUUUAAUUAUUUAAAAACCUAUGAUGUGAUUUUGAAUAAUGUUCAAUUAUGUAAAUAUAUAUUUCAUGCUGUGAUUUUGUGAGAAAUGUUUUAUGAAAUCUUUCGAUAUAUCAUGACCUUUAUAAACUGGUUGGAGCAAACUGAUCGUGUGCGUGAAAGGUUUGUACUGUGUACUGUACAACAGGAAUUUUUUGUAAACAGGAAUAUGAAAUCUUACAGUGUGUUCUUACAUGUAGACAAGCAACUAGUAUAUACUGAAGACACUUGUGUAGAAAGUUUUUUCUUAAUAUUUCAGACUUGAACUCAGGCUAGCUUUUCUUGUCGUGUUUCUAUAAGCU